AUGGCGGCGGCUGACGGCGAUGACUCGCUCAACCCCAUCUCGAUCCUCACAGCCGAGCUCCAGAACGAGGAUAUUCAGCUUCGCGUCGACAGCAUCAAGAAGCUGCCCAUUAUCGCCUUGGCCCUUGGAGUCGAAAAGACCCGCAAUGAGCUUCUGCCCUUCAUUAUAGACAUCGUGUACGAUGAGGACGAGGUCCUCGUGGCCCUGGCGGAGGAGCUGGGCACCUUCACGCCUCUGGUCGGAGGUCCCGAGUAUGCUCACUGCCUGCUGCCACCCCUAGAGUUGCUGGCCAUAGUGGAUGAGGCCAUAGUGCGGGACAAGGCGGUGGACUCCCUGCGGGCCAUCUCGCAUGAGCACUCACCCUCCCAUCUCGAGGACCACUUUGUGCCACUUGUGAAGCGGAUGGUGGACAGCGAGUUGGUCACCUCCCGCAUCUCAGCCUGCCGCCUUUUCUCCGUCUGCUACCCUGGCGUGUCCAUUGCUGUCAAGGCGGAACUUCUACAGUGCUUUCGGGACCUGUGCUCAGAUGACGAACUCUUGGUGCGGUGUGCAGCAGCCUCCAACCUGGGGGAUUUCGCCAAGGUGCUUGAGAUGGACCACAUCAAGAGCGAGAUCAUCCCCAUAUUCUCCAACCUGGCCUGUGACGAGCAGGAUUCGGUGCGGCUGCUAAUGGUGGAAGUGUGCGUGAACAUCACCCAGCUCGUGCCCCAGGAGGCCCUGGAGGCCCUGGUGAUAAUCACUCUGUGCCAGGCUGCUGAGGACACAUCCUGGCGCGUCCGUUACAUGGUGGCCAACAGGUUCACAGAGCUCCAGACAGCAGUGGGGCCUGAGGUCACCAAGACGGACCUGGUCCCUGCCUUCCAGAACCUGAUCAAAGACUGUGAGCCCGAGGUGAGGGCCGCCGCCUCCCUCAAGCUCACAGAAUUCUGUGAAAAUCUCUCCGCUGACUAUCGGGAGAAUGUGAUCCUGACCGAGAUCUUGCCUUGCAGCGAGGAGCUGGUCUGGGACACCAACCAGCAUGUCAGGUCAGCCCUGGCCUCCGUCAUCAUGGGCCUCUCCCACAUCCUGGCCAAAGAUAACACCAUCAAGCACCUCAUGCCCAUCUUCCUGGCUCUGCUGAAGGAUGAGUGCCCGGAUGUGCGGCUGAAAGUCAUCUCCAACCUCAAUUGCAUGAAAGAGGUGAUCGGCAUCCAGCAGCUGUCCCAGUUCCUGCUCCCCAGCAUCAUGGAGCUUGCGGAGGAUGCCAAGUGGCGAGUGCGUCUGGCCAUCAUUGAGUACAUGCCUCUGCUGGCUGGACAGUUUGGGCUGGAGUUCUUUGAUGCUCAGCUCCACUCCUUGUGCAUGUCCUGGCUUGUGGAUCGUGUCUAUGCCAUCCGCGAGGCGGCCACCAACAACCUGAAGAAGCUGGUGGAGCAGUUUGGGAAGGAGUGGGCCCUUGCCACUGUCAUCCCCAGGGUCCUGACCCUGUCUGAGGAACCCAAUUACCUGCACCGCAUGACUAUGCUCUUCUGCAUCAGUGUGCUGUCUAAGGUCUGUGGGCAGGACAUCACCACCAAGCACAUGCUGCCCACAGUGCUGUAUAUGGCUGAGGACCCUGUUGCCAAUGUCCGCUUCAACGUGGCCAAGUCCCUACAGAAGAUCGGGUCCAUCCUGGACAACAGCACGCUGCAGACCAAGGUCAAGCCCAUCCUGGAGAAGCUGACCCAGGACCAGGACAUGGAUGUCAAGUACUUCGCCCAGGAGGCUCUGACUGUCCUGUCUCUCACCUGA